AAAAGCUUAACCUAUCGCGAGACUAACAUCCCGUCCUUUGCCUGCUGAAUCCAGCUGGUAUCCUGCCUGCCGUUGACGGUUCUGUUACAGUUGAAGUGAGAGCAGCCAGUCAUCAUGGGAAACAUCUUUGGGAACCUGUUGAAGAGCCUGAUAGGCAAAAAGGAAAUGAGAAUUCUCAUGGUUGGGCUGGAUGCUGCCGGAAAAACAACCAUCCUCUACAAGCUGAAGCUGGGGGAGAUUGUCACCACCAUCCCCACAAUCGGUUUCAAUGUUGAGACAGUGGAAUACAAGAACAUUAGCUUCACUGUGUGGGAUGUGGGUGGCCAGGAUAAAAUCCGUCCCCUGUGGAGACACUACUUCCAGAACACACAAGGUUUGAUCUUUGUGGUAGACAGCAACGACCGUGAGCGGGUCAAUGAAGCUCGUGAGGAACUGAUGAGGAUGCUAGCUGAAGAUGAGUUACGGGAUGCCGUUCUUCUUGUCUUCGCCAACAAACAGGAUCUGCCCAAUGCCAUGAAUGCUGCAGAAAUAACAGACAAGCUGGGCCUUCACUCCUUACGCCACCGCAACUGGUACAUUCAGGCUACUUGCGCCACCAGCGGGGACGGCCUCUACGAGGGCCUGGACUGGCUGGCCAAUCAGCUGAAGAACAAAAAGUGAAGAGCCGGGACAGAAGAUUGGGGAAGAGCCUGGGUGCCAGCUCCAGAGUGGUUAUAGUAGGUCCGUUGUGUAUACAUAAAGAGGAAAUACUGAAAAACUCCCAGGGGGUGACCCUCAAUGGCUUUCCCCCCAAAGUCUAAUUUAAAAAAAAAUCUUGACUGAUUUAUUUGACCUAUUUCGAUUUCUGAUGAACAUUUUUAAUCAUUUAUAAACCAAUGGUGUCAAAGUUGACUUAAAUAAUUUACACUUUAUGAAGUGAAUGCAUAAAUAUUUGGAUAUAAUAGCAUAAUGUUACUGUGAAGGUGUUGCUAAAUGAACUUCCCUGUCUUUGCAGUCUGUGACCUUUAUUAUACAUUUAAAGAUAAUGAACAUUAAAACAUGAUGAAUUUCGACUCAUCAUGGCAGAGCAGCCUUCCCUUAGACAACAUAAACUUGGUGUAAAUGAUAAAGAAUGUCAGUAGUAUAGUGGGAGUACUAUUACUCUUUCAGAAUACUGUUUCAUUGAUUGAAAGCAGUUUAUUCUAACAGAUUCAGAUAAAUGUUAUUUAAUAAUUUAUUGUCUAAACAAAGGUUUUUACUGCCACCAAUCAACUUGAAUUAAUCGAAAUUUGGUAUGAUUUUAUUUUCAUUUAUUUAUUUAUUUGUAAGAAGUCUGAAUUCUGCUUAUAUACUGGAUAGUUAUUGUCCAGAUUUAUUUGUUCAUUUGUGUGUUUUUAUCUUCUAAGCGCAUAAUAUUAUUUCUCUGCCCAUAUUGCAAUGUGCAUUUACUGUUACGGCAGCUGGCAAAGAAAAAAAAAAACAAAAGGGAAUAAAAGAAGCCCCAGUAUAAGUGUACAUUAUUGCUUCCCAAUCUGCAUGGAGACAUCCCAGCACUGCCUCAUGGGCUUGUAAAGAGCAGUGAACUACUGCAGGCCUCUGCUGUAAAUAAAGAUUUGUUUUUUGAGGUGUGAUAUCUAAACUAAUGGAGGUGACACACUAUACCAGCUCCGUGGCUUAGAGAAAAUGCUGCUAUUGGCCUGCCCUGUGGAGAGUGAUGCAGCACAGCAUGCAAUUGGCAAUAUUAGAGCUGACAUGGUUUUGAAUGUCUGUUUCUUUUGAAGUUCUUUGUUGCUCCAUAUUCGUCAAAGAUCUCACAUUGUUUGUCAUCCUGAUUUAUUCAUCCUUAACUGGCCUGAAAUUACAUUAAAUUACAUGUGCUUCUGAGGUUAACCAAAUCUCUGUGUGUGACGUUGCACAAAGUAACUAGUUGGUGUACAAAAUGUAAUGUCUCUUUUUUUCUUGUGUUUUUGAAUGGAGUGAUUUGUCAUUUAGUUGAUGUUUAGUGGGGGUUUUUUCUUAAUUUGCUUAUACGAUCUGCUCAUUUUCUUUAGUUUUCGCACAUAGUUUGAAAAAGAAGAGGAUGGUAGUAAUACUGCAUCAUAAGGCAUGUUAAUAUUGUACAAGAUCUGUAAUAAAAAGUGAAUUAAACUGUAAUAGGCUGUUUCCUCAGACUAUAUUUGUUAGUCUAAAUCACUGCUGCUGGUUGGAUCAAUGCUGUACUAAUAAAUGUCAUGGAGUUUGUGUAAAGUUUACCAGAAAACCUUCUAAUAUGCAAAAGCAUGCUUUUCUAUGUUUGCGCAACUGUAUAUAUGUUUAUGUAACUAAAGUAUUCCAUGGUGUUCUCGGUUAAAUUGACAGUGCAGUUGAUGCAGCAGUGGUGGGGUUGGUGUGUUGGCAGAUAACUGACAGCAGCUUGUAUGUGUGUGAGUGUGACGUGUUAUCUAUCAUGUUUAGUUUGGUGUGAAAAUUGUUUUUGUGGCCUUAUUUCGCCAGUGGUUAUUUUCUCUUUGACAACAGGUUUGUAUGUGGGAAUAUCCAGCAUUCAAGUAUCUCACCUAUGAUCUGUGAAAAUGUCGUGGCUAUAGCUCCCUCUUUCAGUGAUGAUUAGCGGACUUCAACCUGCAAAUUAAGAAAAAGAAAACUGGACAACAUUCCAAUUGAUAUGUCUCCAGAAUCUAAAGAUUUAACUUAUGUGAUAAAGCAAAGUAGAAUAUUAUAAAGAGAUCAGAAAAGAAAAACAACCCAAACUGGUGCAAAAGUGUUUAAUGAUUUGGUGAUUCCUGGCACUUAGGUGAUCAAUAAAAGACCAAAAUAUGCA